CAACAACAAAAAUUUCAACAGCAACAACAACAACAACAACAACGUUAUAAUCAAGUUGUAGAAGCUAAUACAUUCGCUAAUUCUACUACCCCUUUUCUUACUACGAAUUCUAGUAACAAGAAUAGUAUAAUUAUGGCUAACGAAGAAAUGGAUACAAAAAGUGAACAAAUUUUAAAUGAAAAGUGGGAUCUUUGCUUAUCUAAUAUGUUGAUAAAAUCCGGGAUUGGGUUAAGCGUAGGGAUUGUAGCAUCUGCUUUAUUAUUUAAAAAAAAAUCUUGGCCAAUUGCAAUGUCAACAGGUUUUGGUAUUGGGGUAGCUUAUGCAGAAUGUCAAAGAUCUUUUAAUCCAACUGCUAUACCCGGUAUAAAAAUAAUUAAACCGUCUUCAUCUAAUUAGCACCUUUUUGGAUCAAAAAAUAUAUGUAAUAUAUGCGUGUAAGAAAGAAUUCUCAAUAAAUUUUUAUACUAUUUUUUAAAAAAAAUUUAUUUAUUAUAUGUAAAAAUUAUUUAUUACUUUAAUAAUAUUAAUAAAUUCAAUAA